AUGGCCGACGAAAAGAAGUCUCCGUCGCUCGGCGACAGCCAUCCCUCGUCCGACGAGGCCACUCUCGACGCCGACUCAUCAUUUCCAAAGGAAUACAACGGCCAAGAGAAGGACGCCGAGGAAGCCUCCGGCUCGGCCAACACAGCCGAAACGGAUGCCCCGUCGCCCUUGUCGGAGUUUGGCCCAGCGCCCGACGGCGGAUGGCGCGCCUGGACCGUCGCGAUUGGUGCCGGCUUCAUCACCUUUGCGGCCCUCGGCUUUGCCAACUCCUUUGGCGUCUUCCAGGAGUACUACAUCACCCACCAGCUCUCGGACAAAAGCGCCGACACCAUCGCCUGGAUCGGCAGCUGCACCGCCUUCUUCCAGUUCCUCGCCGGGUCCAUUUCGGGCCCGCUGUUCGACCGCUACGGCGCCUGGCUGAUCCGCCCGGCCACCCUCGUAUGCGUCUUUGCCGCCAUGAUGAUUAGUCUGUGCACCGAGUACUACCAGUUCCUGCUCGCCCAGGGCUUCCUCCUGGGCAUGUCGAGCGGCGCGAUGCAGUUCCCGGCCAUGGCCGCGGUCAUCCAGUUCUUCGACAAGAAGCGCGCCGCCGCGCUGGGCGUGGCCGUCGCCGGCUCGUCCGUGGGCGGCGUCGUCUUUCCCAUUGCCUUGAGCCGCAUGCUCAACGACCCCGUCGUGUCGCAGCACCUCAGCUUCGGCUGGUCCGUGCGCAUCGUCGGCUUCGUCAUGCUCGUAUCGCUCGGCAUCUCGUGUGUCACGGUGCGCCCGCGCCUGCCGCCGCGCACCACGCAGUUCUUUGUGUUUUCCGCCUUCAAGCAGCCCACCUAUGUCUGCGUUGUCGUGUCCAUGUUCUUCUUGUUCUUGGGCCUGUUUACGCCGCUCUUCUUUUUGCCCAGCUACGCCGUCUCCCAGGGCAUGGACACCACCCUCGCGUCGUACCUGCUGGCCAUUGUCAACGCCGCCUCCACGUUCGGCCGCAUCAUUCCCGGCAUUCUGGCCGACAAGCUCGGCCGCGUCAACGCCCUGGCCGCCGGCGGCAUCGGCACGGGCAUCGUCAUCUUGACCCUGGAGCACGCCCACAGCACGGCUGGCCUCGUCGUCUGGGCCCUUGCCUUUGGCUUUUCCUCGGGCACCAUUGUGUCUGGCGCGUCCGCCGCCAUCUCCAUCUGCUCCGACGAUCCGCGCAACAUGGGCACGUACCUGGGCAUGGGCCUGGGCGCGGCCUCCAUUGCCGUACUGAUUGGCCCGCCCAUCAACGGCCAGCUGCUGCACCACUACGCGACGUACACGCCCGUCACCAUAUUCAGUGGCGUCACCUGUCUGGUUGGUGGGUUUAUUGCCUUUGCCGGCAAGAUGGGCACCAAGCAAGGUCUCUUUGGACUUGUGUAG